GUAGGCAGAAAAGUCGCUUGUAGUGGAUGGUGCCGCGGUAACUACUGAAGCUGGUGGAACCACUAAGAUGGAGUGUACUGUUGCACCUCUUCAAGAGCUCGGGGACCCGUCGGUGGCCGCCGCGUCCGCCCUCGCCAUGGACAUGGACGACAGCGACCAGGAGGAGUUCGACUGGGAGAAGGACGCCGACAGCCAGGAUGAGGUGUCGGAGGGCGAGUCCCGGCUCGGCUUCCGGCCGCAGAAGCGUAUGCCCUCGCUGCGCCACCUGCCGUACAGCACCGCCCUGGAGCGCGAGGCGGCCGACAACCUGGCCAAGAUUAAGCUGAACAUGGCGGUGGCGCUCACCGGCGACGACACGCACGGCUUCCAGAUCUACACCAGCCGACUGGGCGUGUACCUGCAAGUUUACCACCUCUUCAUGUCCAAGGAGGACCACAUCCUGUUCAUCCAGAUGUACCUGAAGAUGAUCCAGCGGUCGCCGACCGACUAUAGAAAUGUGGACGCCUGCAGCAAGAUGGUGAUUCGACUGCUCAAGAAAGUGAAGCGGAACCUGAGCCGGGACGACCUGGAGAUCCAAUGGCGUCCCAUCUACGACCUGUACAAGAGCUUCACCAGGCACCCCUUCCGCACUAUGAGGCUCAACUUCUAUCUCGACACGACGCCUCGCUAUGUUAAGAACAUGGCGCGCCUUUGCCGGAGCUUCUUCCCGACGGAGGCGACGGCCGAGAUCCUGGCGGAGCUGCUGCCCGAGCUGUGCCCGUUCGACAGCGCCGCCACCUGGGUGCUCGAGUGUCUGGAGGUGUUUCUGCCGACUGACCUGCCGCCGGCGCUCUACGACCGCGGCUGGCGGCUGUGGCUGCCGCAGCUCUCCGGCCUGCUCUCGCUGUUGGAGAACGGCGGCGCCUGGGACCAGUCUCUCUGCCUGCUGAUGGCGCGUCUGGCGUUCGAGAACCCCGGCCAGGUGGACUGGUCGGACCUGCUGCCCGAGGUGUUCUCCCGGCUGCUGCGCGCCUUCGGGCUGCCCAUCUCCUACAAGGGCGUCGGCUCGCACCGCGCCAACGUUCACGUCAUACCGGCGCUCACCUCCUGGAUCAUCGGCAUGCUGGGCGGCGGCGGUGAAGCACAGGCCUACCUGGACCGCCUGCUGGAGGCGCUCGAGUCGUACUUCUACGCGUCCAACGCCGGAACCUGGCAGGAGCCACUGAGCCACUUCUUGAACAAUGUCUGCGCCGUCUUCGUCCGUCGCUAUCAACAGUCAUCAUGCAUGGAAGUCAUCAUGACUCGGUUCCGCUUCAGGGAACGCUUCAAGAAGGCCUCCUGGAGCCACUACACGGCCGAGGGCCAUGAGCUGACCGACGAUGACGUCACACGCUUCGUGCAAGGCGUGCUGCCGUGCGCGCUGCUCGGUAUCUACUCCUGGACGCACAGCCACCACGCCAACAAGUGCCUGCGGGCGCUGGCGCAGCUGCGGCCCGACCUGGUCAUCCCGCCCGUCAUCGACAGUUUCCACCAAUCGCUGGAGUCGAUCACGGAGCCGCACCGACUGACGUCGACCAUGAAUGCUGUGAGCGCGGUGCUGCGCACCAUGACCGAGACGGGGCCGCGGCCAGAGGUGGUGCCCCUGCUGCAGAUGGUGCUGCCUGGCAUCGACCCCAACGACAAGCUCAAAACCAUGUGCACGUUCGUGCUGAUCGACCGGCUGGCCGACAUGAUCACGUUCGUCGACUGCUCCAGCGCGGCCGAUAACCCCGAGCUGACCGAGAUGGAGCAGCAGGUGUGCCUGCAGACAGCCGGCAUGGAGGACGUGGUGCUGCAGCUGCUGUCGCGCUUCUUGGCACUGCUCGAGCCCAACAGCCAGGAGGGCAACUCGCGGCCCGACCAGCAGCGCCAGCGCGUCAGCCAGGAGGAGGGCGUGCUGCUCACCGUGCUGCGCACCUCCUGCUUCAGCAUCCUCAACAAGGCGUCGCCGGAGAUCCAGCGCUGCGCCGUGCUCAAGCUGCGCGACGUCAUUGUGGGCCGCAUUUUGGAGACGCGCGUCUCCGGCAAGCUGGCCGCUGUGCUCCUGUGCGGCGCCAUCAUGGCGAACCCGGAGAUGGGCCUGCGCACGCUGAUCCCGCCGGUGGUGGAGACCAUCCUGGAGCUAUCUGAGGACGUGCAGACCGAGGAGAAGCUGGAUCAGGAGCUGCUCUUCAACAUGCUCCUGCUGAAAGAGAUGGUGUGCUCGUGCGGCCAGUGGCUGCUGCCGUACCGGGAGCGGCUGGAGCAGGUGCUGGAGCGGGGCCGUCACCUGGCCUGCCCGGAGGGCGCCGAGCUGACGGCCGACCUGCUGCACAGCCUGCUGACCGGCCUGCUGGGCACCUACAUCACCGACCACGGCGACUGGCGCCGCCGGCUGGCCGACGCUCACAACCGGCACCUCAUCGUCCGGGAGUGGGGCAAGUGCACGGACAUGAAGUCGCUGGAGCUGCGCUGGCACGUGCCGUCCGAGGAGGAGGUGGAGUGGGCCGCCGCGCUCGUGCAGAAGUUCGUCGUGCCCGAGCUGGACGAGAUGGACCGUUUCAUGGAGGACACGAGUCGGCUAAACAAUGAGCAGCUGCUGUGCCGCCUCAGCCUGCUGCACCUCGGCCUCAAGGGUGCCUGCUACGGCCUGCCGCCCAUCGACGACGCUACCAUCAACCUCUGGAACUGCGCCGUCGACCUGAGCCCGCUGUCGAUCGAGACGGGCGCCGUGGUGCUGCCGCGCGCCGAGCGGCUGCGCGCGCGCGCCCUGGACGUCAUGCACCGGCUGGUGGCGCGGCUCACCGACGACCGGCCCGACGACACCAAGUCGCUGGGCAAAGUCUGCCAGAUUCUGGCAACGGCCAUGUUCCACUUCGGUGUGAGGCGGGACGAGAAUGACGCCGAGAUGAAGAUGAUGUUCAAGAGUCGCGCCUCGCAGGGCAAGGACUUCGGCCCCAAGAAGUACUCGAGUCGCAUGCUGGCCGCGUGGGUACAGCUUCAGCACAACCAGCGUGUCAUCUUCAGUCACGUCACGCCGCUGACGGACACGUUGAAGGUGGUGAUGGAGGACGUGCUGAAGCUCUCCACCAACCGAUACAGCUACGUGCGGCAGCUGGCGCAGAGCGUGCUCGUCAUGUGCAUGCAGAACUCGAGUCAGGCCUACAUGGCCCUGUGGCCGCGCCUGGUGGAGAUGCUGCAGACGCCCGACCUGUCGCACGAGCAGCUCAAGGGCCUGCUGCACGUGGUGCUGGGGCCGGGCAGCCACUCACUGCUGCGCGUGCACAACUGGCCGAUGGCGGCGCAGCUGUGGCCGGCGCUGCUGACGUGCGUCGGCUCCGAGAAGGACUCGAUCGUCGUGCUGAUGGAGCGGCUGCGCAAGGAUACUGACCUGUACGAGGCGGUGCCGCUCCAGCUGACGAUGUCUGCCGAGUGUCUGCCGCUGGUGCCGCGGCUCUGGUCCAGCGCGCCGGUGGCGCCCGGCUCCCGGCCGCCGCCGCCGGCCGUCAGCCCGGCCGCCGCCGACCGGCUGCGCGAGGAGAGCGCGCUGAACCGGCGCUGCUACGACGCACUGCUGGACCGACUGCUCUCGCUGAUGGAGUCCGGCACGCUACACUGGCGACGGAACGAGCUUUGUCUGGAGUUUGUCAGCCUUCUGGUGCGGCCCGACGUGCCUGUGCCGGCCCGUGUGGUCCGCUUCUGCCUGCAGAACCUCCUGCACACUUCCAUCUUCGUCAGAAAGAGCUCGAUGCUGGGCCUGGCUGCCAUCCUGAAGCAGCAGAAGCGGCGGCACGAGACGGUACCGGUGACGCCGAGCACCGUGGCGCAGCGGCCGGCGCGGCCCUGGCCGCCGCUGCCGGCCGGCGACGCCGCCUGGCGCGGCUGGCGCCAGUUCGGCGAGCGCACCGACAACCUCUGGAUGCAAUACGACAGCGCCACGGUGCCGCGCGACGCCAAGCAGUGGGCCGUGGCCCGCUAUGUGCACAAGAUGAAGUGGGGCUACUCGUGGUGGCCGCGCGAGCUGCGCCUGUACCGGCAGCAACCGCAGCUGCAGGAGAAGCCGGCCGACGAGGGCGAGGCGGUGCGCGCCGUUCGGGAGUUCUUCAGUAACGCCGAGUCGGUAGCCAAGCUGGUGGGCUUCCUCAGCCUGGAGGAGCACAAAGGCAGGGACGUGUUCGCCGAGACUACCUUCAUCGUAUUUAAGGGUCUGUUCCGUAACCACGGCGAGGAGCUGCUGGAGGUGUUCAAGCCACACCUGGACCGGCUGAGCAAGGAGGUGACCGAGAGCUCACAGAAGUGUCUCUGCGAGAUUGUGGCAGGCGUGAUCCGCGGCAGCAAGCACUGGUCCUUCGAGUCCGUGCAGCGUAUGUGGGAGUACCUGCUGCCGCUGCUGCGGUCCUGCAUCGCUAAGAUCAACCAGGAGACGGCCGAGAACUGGGCGGCCUGCAUCAACCACAGCGUGGCCGACCGGGACCCCAACCGGCACCACUGGCUCAUCGAGGAGAUGAUGCAGCCCGUGUUCGGACGUGACGAGUCGCUCUUCCUGCUCGGCAUCCGGCUCUUCCUGCUGACGAGCGUGAUCGGCGAGGUGGAGUGGCGCGGCGCCGAGCUGCUGCACCGGGUGCGCGACAUGGUGAUGCCGCACCUGGACCACCCGUACCAGAACAUCCGACACCGGCUCGGAGGCGUGCUGAGCAAGGUGUUCCAGCUGGACGUGUACGGCGGGCCGGCCUCGCUCAGCCCGCACUCCGACGCGCUGAUCGAGGCGGCGCUGCCCCAGCUCGACCUUCUGCUGGCCGCCGACGGACGCGCCAACGGCGGCGCGGCGGAGACGGGAGCGGCGCCGCUCAGCAGCGAGCGCCAGACGGCGCACCGGCUCCUCCAGACCGUGUGUCAGUACAUGCUGUGCGGCGCGAGCACGCGCCUGCUGCGCUUCGUCAGUCCGAAGCACCUGCAGCUGCUGCCCUACCUGUGCGCCAUGGAGUCGUACGACAUCGACCGCGACCUGCAGGCCGACUGCGUCCGGACACUGCACGCGCUGGCAGUGCUGCGGCACGACGGCGCGGCCAUGGCGGCGCUGCUGGCGGCCGUCGGUCGCGUCAUGGGCCAUGCCUACUGGCGCGUGCGCGUGGCCGGCCUGGCGUUCCUGCAGGCGGCCGCCUUCCACAACAUGUUCCUGCUGCUCCGCAACGGGCCGGCGGCGCUCACGGUGACGGAGCUGGUGGUACGCGGUCUCCACGACCAGCGCGUGGAGGUGCGCGAGAUGGCUGUCCAGGUGUUCUCGGGCCUGCUGCACUGCGGCUUCAUCGACAAGGCCCGCCAGCAGCAGCUGCGGGCCGACUUUGAGCAGAUGUCGGGCACGAGACUGCGCCAGCGCGGUGCCACCCCUGCCGACCACGUGGCCCAGCUGCGGCAGCGGCACACCGGCGUGCUCGGCCUGUGCGCCUUCGUCAACGCGGCGCCGUACGACGUGCCAGAGCACCUGCCGCAGACGCUGAUGAUCCUCGGCGACCACGUCAACGACCCGCCCCCCAUACAGACCACGAUCCGCAAGACCAUGAUGAACUUCAAGCGGACGCACCACGAGAACUGGCGCCAGCACCGGCAGAAGUUCACCGAUGAUCAGCUGACGGUGCUCACCGACCUGCUGGUGUCACCAUCCUACUACGCGUGAGGCGGCAGCCUGCCACGCGCGGCUGCCAGCUAGCCGAGCAGCUGACACUGCCCGGCCGUGGCACGGCGGCCCGGCCCUCUAACCCUCAGCGGACGGCCAGCCGGCCCGUCAGCUGUCCGCUGCCCGUCACAACACCCACGCCUGUCUGCACCGAGAGUUCCUGCUGACCUGUCUACGAGCGGCCGGGCUGCCGGUCAGCCCGCGGCCCCGCACCGCCCGACCCGACACAGCCCCGGUUCUCAGUUCACGUCCUUAGCCGACGCCGCCGACAACUGGCCCGAGCGGGCCGUCUGCCGCCGUGCGCGGACCCCCGCAGCGUCCCCGAGUCUUCAGAGGUGGCGGGCCUCGGCUGAGCGCCGCCGGUGGCGCCCACUACCUCGCCCUCCCAUUCCCCGGCGCGCGGUGGGGCUCCGCUGGCCGAGCCCCGUUUUAGCUGAUGACGCCACGCGCGCUGCCCGUGGGGGCGGCGCGCGGCGGCUUACCGGCGGCUCGCCCCAAUGGCGCGCCGCCGCACGUUAUAUUAUCAUGUAGUUUUGCAAAUUGUUUGAUAUCUUUAUCUAUGAGAGUUGGUGACACGAAUAUAAAGACGUCAGAG